AUGACACACUCUGGUGUUAGGUCUUCUGUGAAAUUACUCACAUGCAGGUUUAUUUGGUCAGACAUCUACCAAGUUAUCAAAAAAUGGGCGAAAUCAGGUAUAGCAUGCCGAAAGAAUAAAAUGACUGGACAUACUGAAUAUGCUAUUGGCCAGUUUCCAAAUACAUAUGGACGAUUUAAGGUGGUACAUAUCGAUCUUAUUGGCCCACUGCCUCCCUCUUAUGAAUUCAUAUACUGUUUAAGGCACUUCGAUCGGAUAAGUAACUGGACAGAAGUCAUUCCACUAUAUGAUGUUCGAACAGAUACAGUGGCGCAAGCAUUUUACACUUCCUGCAAUACUAGAUUUGGAGCACGUAACCAAAUACUGAUUGACCAAGGAGCACAGUUCCAAUCAGAGCUGUUCCGCGCUUUAGCUAAGAUUUGUGGUUCUAAAUUAACACAUGUUAGAGUAUGCCAUACACAAUCAAAUGGGAAAAUAGAUUCCGUUGAACAUUGA